AUGAACGGUCAACUCCGAUGCGCCCCACACUGUAAAUCGCCCGAGAAACGCGAUUUUAUGGAUGUAAGUCCAGAAAAGUCCGAAUCUGAUUUUUUUCGAAGCUAUGAUCCAAUGGUUGGUAUUGGUACCGCCGCUAUAUUGGUUCUUUUUAUUUUCCUUAUCACUAUCAAAUCAUUUGUGAAGUGGAUUAUAAGGAAAAUUCAAAUUCUUCGUUAUAAACACUGUAAUAAAGAAACAACGGCAAUAAUCACUUCUACUUCGAUUGAUAAUGGACACAUUAACAGUUAA